CUUUGGGAUUUCACUCAAUUCAAUAGCCUUCACUAUUGUAGAAUAUUGAUAUCCCCCCAUGAAACUCUCAUUUCUGCUCUGGCUAGCGCUGGUCCGAAUAGUGUGGAACCAAACGAGUACUGGGAUUGGGGAGGAAGAACCAAUUCAAAAAGGCAGAACAGCGACCACCAACGCGACUGCCAACACGACCGCCAACGCCGCCGUCUCGAUCGGGCACCUGGCGUCGUUGCGAAUGCUAAAGAUGGAUCGCAUCCAAUUUGGGGCAGGACAUAUCUGUGCUGGGUCCCUGAUCCGCGUCAAUGCAGUGCUGACCGCUGCCCAGUGCUUUGUGAACCAGGAGCUCUAUGAUGGUAGCUUCCUGCCCAUGUCCGACUUUGUAGUGGUGCUGGGAACACCCAACCGUUUCCAGGGGAGCCGCAACACCAUGAUCUUCAGGCUGAAAUAUCGCGUCUUAAUGCAGGACGUGUUCGAUCUGAAAAUGUUCGAAAUGGACGUGGCCCUAAUCAUCCUCUCAUCAUCUGUGCCCGAGCAGCAUGCUGUGGUGAAACCCAUCCCGAUCACCGAGCAAACCUUUAGACGUGCCACCGAGUGCCAUAUGUCCGGCUGGGGCCGCAAUCCAUACGGUUAUAGCUCUGAGUCAAUAGUGUCCGUUGCCGUCACAGUCAUUGGCCCCCGCAUAUGCCGCCUCAAGCAGUUGACGCAGGAGUUCUUCGCGCCACCGGGAAUGUUAUGUGCCAAACACCUGAACAAGCUAAAACGCAGCUUCUGCACCGGGGACGCUGGCGGUUCGCUGGUGUGCCAGGGGAAGCUGGCCGGCAUCAUAUCAUGGGGCGUCAAGUGCUCAGAUCCCUACCAUCCCGGCAUCUACACCAAUGUGCUAUACUAUGACCAAUGGAUAAAUGAGAGCCUGGCCAAUCCCACCCAACAGGACGAGUACUUCGCGCAGAUCGGUAAACCAAAGGCCAGUGCGGCAACUGGCAUAAGACCGAGACCCUGCCUCAUUCGUUCCAUGCGUUUCUUAGUUCAAUCAAUAUACGAUCGAAAAAUAUUGAACAUGAUAUAUUUUAUAUAGGACCUGACGGAGACAGCAAUAUUUCGUCAAAAAACGAAUCUUAAUGGCAAAAGAAAAAAAAUUGAUGACUUACUGAUACAUUAAUAUUUUAUUUGCAUUAUUGUCAGAGCAAUUUAGUUUGUGCCCUUUUUUUAAUUAAU